CUACAUGAAAAGGUUUAGAAGGAUAGGUUCUUCUCAUAACAGAUAUUUGGCUGACGAUUGGAUACCAAGCUUCUUAGACAACAUAACAGACUCAUCACAGUUAAAUGAAGAUUAUUUGAAUGAUAUUUUAGAUCAAUCUGUUGAAAAUGAAAGUAACUCAUUUCUCAAUAGACCAUUCACACUAAAUGAAUUGUACAUAGCGCUCAAAAGUAGGAAAGAUACAACACCAGGGUUGGACAGCAUACCAUAUAUGUUAAUAAAAAAAUUACAUCCUAAUGCGCAAGAAAUGUUAUUAAAUAUUUAUAAUAAACUUUGGAAUAAUUUAGCUAUACCAGAGUCAUGGAAAACCCAAUGUGUAAUCCCCAUUUUAAAGCCAAAUAAAGCUGCUAAUGAUCCAUCAUCAUACAGACCUAUUUCUUUAUCAUCAUGUUUAGGUAAGCUUUUUGAAAACAUGUUAAAGUUGCGUCUAGAUUAUUUUGCUGAAACACAGGAUAAACUACCUCACAUACAAUUUGGAUUCAGAAAAGGCAGAAGUUGCUCUGAAAGCUUUGUAUCUCUGAUAUCGGAACUUAAAAAGGCCAAACUUAGUCAUUCUAAUGUUAUAUGUGUAUUUUUAGAUGUUAAAGGUGCCUUUGACAAUGUUAAUAUUGAAUGCCUCAUAAAAGUUUUGCAUGAAUUGAGCUUGCCAAGAAAUGUAUUAAUCUGGAUUUUAAAUUUCUUGCAUGAUAGGACUCUUUUUGUUAAAUUUAACAAUAAACUACAUGGACCUAGGCCUGUUAACAAAGGAACAAUGCAGGGAGCGACACUUUCACCUUUGUUAUAUAAUUUAUACACAUCUCAGAUACUUAAUUAUGUAGAUACAUCACAAGUAAAUAUUACAGUUUGCAGACGACUUACUUUUAUACAGUGAAAACCAGAAUAUAAAUACAGCAAUUAAUAGAAUUAAUACUGCAUUGGCACAAUUGCAUCUUUAUUAUAGCAACAUUUUAAAAUUAGAAAUAAGUUCUGAGAAAAGUAAAGUUUUAGUAUUCAGUAAAGACAAAUUUGUAAACUCUGGAAUUAAAAUUAACUAUAAUAAUGAUACAAUUCCUAUAGCCAAUCAUCAUAAAUUUUUAGGAGUUGUGCUAGAUGAUAAACUGAAAUUUGAUAAGCAUAUCAACUAUAUCUGUCAGAAUGCCAUGAAGAGCAUAAAUGUACUAAGAAGCUUAGCAGGAACCUUUUGGGGGUCUGAUCCAAAAACACUUAGCAUGCUGUAUAAAAGUAUUGUAAGGAGUCACUUUGACUAUAGCUCUCUAGCUUACAUGAAUAUUAGUAGCACAUUGUUAAGAAAAUUGGAUGUGAUACAGAAUAUGGGUCUGAGAAUAAUCAGUGGAGCCAUGCGCACCACUCCUAUUGUUUCUAUGGAAGUUGAAAAUUGCAUACCUCCAUUGUCCUUGCGGCGUUUACAGUUGGCUGAAAGAUUCUGUUUGAAGGAGUUGUCUUGUAACAAUGAUAUUGUCCUGAGUAAUAUUUUAUAUCCUGCAGAAGUCUCCCAGUUAAAUGGAACAGCCAACAUUUCGGCUAAUACUCUUAUUUCGGGUACAUUGCCUGAAAUAACAACAAUAACAACUUGUGUAAAGAAUCAGACAAGAGAUAUGUACAUCAGUAACAAGUGGCCUAUUUACAAAUGCCCAUAUGAUACAUUACUUAAUUAUCUUGAUAUAAAAUGUCAUUUAAAUUCGGUUAGUACUAAGAAUGAAUUCUUAGAAUUUUUAAAUGAAAAGAAAGACUUUUACACUAUAUAUACUGAUGGCUCCAAGAGUGAUCUUGUUAAAGCAGCAUUUUAUGACCCACAAAUGAAAGUUAUUAAAUGUAUUAAGUUGCCAAGUAAUUGUAGUAUUUUUACAGCAGAAAGUUGGGCUAUAUUAGCUGCUUUGUCGUAUGUAAAUACCAAUGUAAAUAGUGUAAAUAUCUUGAUAGUUAGUGAUUCUAAAAGUGUUUUAUCUGCUUUAUGUAACUGUAAUUUAGUAUAUAAACAGAAUUAUAUUUUGUAUAAAAUUAAGGAUAAGCUGCAAACGAUUGGAAAAUGUAUAGAAUUCUUAUGGGUUCCCUCACACAGUGGCAUAGUCGGAAAUGAGAUAGUGGAUCAGGCGACGCGGCAAGAUCACCACGAAGACCAAACACAAGAUUGUAAAGUCCCCUUCACAGAUUAUUAUCAACACUUUAAAAUCUUGUCAAAGAAACUGUGGAAGGAUUACUGGAACAUUACUACCGUGAAUAAGGGAAAAUGGUACGCAGAAUUACAGCCAGACUUACCAACGAUUCCGUGGUACAACCGCUUUAAAUACACAGGCCGAAAGUUCAUAACGACCAUUAACCGCUUGCGGUUUGGCCAUUGCCUCGUCCCUGCACAUCUGUACAGAAUGAAGUCCGUAGCUGAUGACAAAUGCACACAUUGCGCUCAACAUAAUGCAGACAUAAACCACAUAAUUUUCCAGUGCCCAUCGUUUGGAAUUCAAAGAUUGACACUUGUCAGUGAAAUUAGUGAUGUCGCUGACGAAAAUUCUAUAAGUGUUCCCCGCCGCGUUCAGGAUCUAUUAACUGAUGUAGCUUUUUUCAUGCCUCUAUUUAAAUUUAUACUUAAUACUGUAGGAAAACUUUAAUUAUUUAUGUGUCCUUAAUUAAUUGAUAAUGUUUGUAAAUAGCUUCUUAGCUUAUUUUGUAAUUUAGUCUGUUCUAUAUUUAUAUAAUAGGGAAAAAAGUAGAAAAAUGAUGGAAAACCAUUCUAAAUUGUUAUUGCUAAAGUUAAAUAUUCUUAAUUUGAUGUAUGAUUUGUGUUAUACUGUAAUGUUUCCGACUGAAGGUCCUCGCAACCAUGGUCACG